AUGAAUCAAGGCAAAAAACUAUCGAUAUCAGAGCCAUUUGAACUAUUACAUCACAUCCAUAUAACUGUUAACGCAAAAGGAACGUAUCUUAAUGUUCCACGCUCUAUGAUUGAGCACAUUCCAAGUGGUUUUUCCGGAGAGGCUAUUGAUGAUAAUACAAUAGAUCCACAAAUGCUUCCAGAAAUAUCAUGUAAAACAAAACUCAAAAUUUCCAAGCCCACAGAUGUCGAGCACAAAAUUCAUGUCUCAUUAGACAGUGAAAAUGGUCUAAUUGGCUUACCACCAGAAUAUGAGUGCUUACUGAAAAAUAGUGGAUUAACUAAAGAUGAUGUAAUUUCUAAUCCUGAGAGUACAGUUGACGUUCUUAAUUUCUUUAAUAGUGAACCGGCACAAAUCGAUGAAUACGAACCUGAUACAAAGUCAGCAGAUGUACUACCCCCACUUGAAGAAGUAAUAAAAUAUCAAGAUCCUCGUCCACUUCUACAAAACAUGCAAGUAAUUGAUGAAGGUAGUACAUGCAUUAUUUAUACAGCUAUUUAUAAUGGAAUAGAAGUUGCAGUGAAAGAAAUGCAUUUAAAUGAAAAGAAAGAAAAAUAUUUACUUGACGAAACAAGAUUAAU